CAUCUCAAAUGAGAUGACUGUCCUUGACAGCAGCAUUUGACUGAGGGUGACAUCAAAGUGCCCUUGCAAAACCAAUAUCAAUAGGAAUUUUGAGGGGUGGAGGAAAAUGAUUGGAGUCAUACCUAGCACAACGAUUUGAGGUCAAUCAUCUCGUUCUCAAGAGUUCUUGGGUCCAGCCAUUGAUGAACUCUCCACAAAUUCAGAGGUCUUCACUUUCCAAGUGAAAAUGGGGUGCUUUACAUUUGUGAAAGUUAUGAUGAUCCUAUUCAAUCUCUUCAUCUUUCUUGCUGGAGGAGCUCUUCUGGGUGUUGGAAUAUGGGUUAGUGUGGAUGGAAGUUCUUUUGUACGAGUCAUUGGUUCUGUAUCAUCUCAAGCAAUGCAAUUUGUCAAUAUUGGUUACUUCUGCAUAGCAAUUGGUGCUGUGUUAGUCCUCCUUGGAUUUUUGGGAUGCUGUGGAGCACAGAAGGAAAGCAAGUGUCUGCUAAUACUGUUCUUUACCAUUGUUCUGAUCAUCUUUAUUGCUGAGAUUGCUGCCGCAGUUGUUGCUUUGGUGUAUUCUUCCUUUGCAGAAAGUGUUCUUCGUGCAUGGGUUGUUCCAGUACUGAAGAAUGACUAUGGAAGACAAAAGGAUGUGACUGGCAUCUGGAAUACUACAAUGAGUGAACUGAAGUGUUGUGGCUUUACCAACUACACGGAUUUUAGUGAUUCUUAUUACUUCAAUAAACACAACCAAACCUUUCCACAAUUUUGUUGCAAUUCAACAAGUGUCUGUAAUGAGAAUGCAACAAUUAAAAGCCGUGUGCAGGGAUGUUUUCGUCAACUUUUUGACAUUCUGAAAGAGAAUGCUAACAUUGUGGGUGGGAUUGCAGCAGGAAUCUGUGCACUGGAGGUUGCUGCAAUGGUGGUCUCCAUGUAUUUGUACUGCAAGAUUGAUGGCAAGAAUGAAGUGUGAAAGUGAACAUAGCAAGACUUGCAACUUUUAAGUGGACUUGUCUGGGAGAAUAAUGGAACUUCAGAUACACAUGAAAACAGUGCCAUAUGAUGCAUCAUUGAUACCUGAGGUUGAAUGGUCUUCAGACAUUUAAAGUUUAUGCUUUUUUUUUAAAACAGUAACACAUGUAAAUAUUAAAUUUGCACUCAGAACUUCUGUUCAGCAGUUAUUAAGCUACUGAAUUGAAAUAGAAUUUCAGGCAAACCAGUCAACAUCCUUUGAGCUGAUUACACUGUGGCUUUAAUUUCUCUGACAACAGAUUCUAUUUUUAACCUUGCCACCCCCUUAUAUACACAUGAUUGAAUGUUCCCUUAAGACUUCCACUUUUACAGCUCACAAGAUUUGCAAAAAAAUUGAGUAAUGGCUGCCAUGCUUUAACUGUUUGGUCUUUUUUUUUGACUGGCUGCAGCAUUAAAGGUUAUCUCCAUUCAGAGCAAAAUGGCACUGACCAUGGUACCAGCACUUGCAAUUUUUGGCAAAAGCUGUCCUGUUGUAAAGUCUCUUAAUUUUUUAAAUUGAGGAGAGAGUCUUUUGCCAUCUAUUUAAACUAGACAGUUUUGUGGAAUGCAGGCUUUAAACUGGAUUAUGCUUUUAUGUAUAUAUGCCAUCAAAUACUAGUAAUCUCUAACCAAAGCUAUAGUUAGAAUAGCUACAAUAAAACUUUUUUAAAUGGAAAUGAAUUUGUAUAGGUAAAUCCUUGCCAAUUUAAGCAAAUAAAGUCUAACAUUAUCAGUAUGGCAUUUCAUUUAAGAUGUUUAACUCAAAGUAAAGCCUAAAAGGUUGGAGGGGAGAAAGCAUUCUCAAAUUGUUUUGGAUGGGAUUGAUUGGAUGGGAUUGGAUUGUAUCUUUCCCUCUACCUAUCCCACUUCUCCUAGUGUGAAAACAGUCACCUAUACAAUCAAAUCAAUUGAAAUGUUGCUGGGAGCUCUUGAAUUGCUAGGCAUGGCUUAGACUCAGAUUGAUGUUUUGUCUUUAUACAACAUAUCCUAAUAUUUGUCAGUAGUUUUUACUCCCCAAGAGAUUCCAGUUUAUCAUGGGUACAGGGUACAAUAUAGUGGUUUGUGAGUUCAAGCCGACUUGAAGCUUUCUGGAUGUUCAAAUUAUCAGUAUACUGACUACAAAAGUGGCACACUGGGUUAAGAGCAUAGCUGAGUCCUCAAGACUGCCAUCUUUGAAAUCACAUGGUUCACUCUUUAUAUAGCCUACACAUGCUAUUCUUGCAUCAAACUGCUACCAGUGGCCCAAGAAAUGGGUUGCAUAACUAGGAUGGUAUGUCAGCAGAGAUGAAUAGGGAAAUGCCUUUUUGGUCCAUGAUGCUGACUAGAAGUUUAAUGUAUACUGGCUUAAUUAAUUUCUGGUAUUUGGUACCAGUGUAUAGCUAGAGCCAUUCUGGGUUCAUUACAUAGUCAGUGAUGUCUGGUUUGGAUUAGCCUGUUUAAGUAGUAACUGAUUUUAGUAGGGAGAAGCUGGAGCUACAUUACUGGAAAUGUUACAUUCCUAAUUUUUGAGGGAAUGUGCUGGCCAAUCAAAAGGUCAGAUAACCCUGUCUGAGGGCACAUCCCAAAUUGUUAUCUACACAAGACCAUUUUGCUUAACCUGUAAAGUGCAUUGUUCUCUGACCGUACUUAAGGGUGAAUGAGUGCUGUAGUAUUAGGUUUUGGGUUUGGUGUUUAAAUAAAUAAUGCUCUUUAUUUGAA